ACUGUGGGGCAGUGCCCAGGGAGCGGGGCCUGGCCCGAGGUCCCAGUGGAGCGCUGUGGGGCAGUGCCCAGGGAGCGGGGCCUGGCCCGAGGUCACAGUGGGGCGCCGUGGGGCAGUGCCCAGGGAGCGGGGCCUGGUCCGAGGUCCCAGUGGGGCGCUGUGGGGCAGUGCCCAGGCAGCAGGGCCCGGCCCGAGGUCCCAGUGGGGCGCUGUGGGGCAGUGCCCAGGCAGCAGGGCCUGGCCCGAGGUCACAGUGCCGGCCGUGAGGUCAGAGCCCGUCACCCCGGCGUCGGGCUCUGUGAAGCCGUGGGGCGGGUGCCAGCUCACAGAGCCAUGUCCCGGGGAGCCGGGCGGGCCGGGCAGGGGCCCCGCUGGCCACGCAGGGGGCAGCGCUGUGGGUCGCUGCAGCGUCUGCCCAGUGGCCGGAGCCGGGUGCCGGGGGCGCGGGCAGGGAUGGGCGACCGACGCACCGCGAGGCGGCAGAGACACCGGCGGCUCCAGUGCGGCUCCCGGCUCUCCGGGGGCGACGAAGCCAUGGGGGCCAAGCGCCCGCGCUGCAGCCAGGGGCUGGUGGGCACUGAGGGCAGGACGGACCUGGGGGGCUCAGCCCCCAUCCUGCGCCUCCCUCCAGAAUUGCUGGAUCACAUCGUCUCCUUCCUGCCAGUCCGGGACGUGGUGGCCCUGGGCCAGACGUGCCACUACCUGCGCCAGGCGUGCGACAGCGAGGGGGUCUGGCGCCGGGUGUGCCGCCGGCUCUGCCCGCGGCUCCGCCAGGAGGGCACGGCCGGCGCCCGCCCCUGGAAGAGAGCCGCCAUCCUCAACUACACCAAGGGCCUGUACUUCCAGACCUUCGGGGGCCGUCGGCGCUACCUGAACAAGUCGGUGGCCCCGCUGCUGUCCCACGGCUACCGCAAGUUCCUGCCCACCAAGGAGCACGUCUUCGUCCUGGACCACGGCGGGACCCUCUUCUUCCUCCGCAACGCCCUGGUCUCCUCGGCCCCGGGCCACCUCCAGUGGAGACGGGCCUGCCGCUGCGUGGUGCUGUGCCGGAACGCCAAGGACUUCACCACGGACCCCCGCAGCGACGCGGGCUACCGGAAGUACGUGUACGUGCUGGCGGUGCGGGAGCCGGCGGCGGGCGCCGGCUGGGCGUGCGACUGCGUGGAGGUCUAUCUCCAGGCCAGCGGGCAGCGGGUCUUCAAGAUGACGUUCCACGCCGCCAUGCGGUUCCGGCAGCUGGUGCUGGUGGGGCAGGAGACGGAGCGGGCGCUGCUGCUGCUGACAGAGGAAGGGAAGAUUUACAGCCUCCUGGUGAACGAGACGCAGCUGGACCAGCCGCGCUCCUACACGGUCCAGCUCGCCCUGCGCAAGGUGUCCCGGAGCCUGCCCCACCUCGCCGUGCGCGCCAUGACCUCCAACCAGAGCAGCGCCGCCUUCCUCACCGACAAGGGGGCCGUGUAUUUCGAGGUCCACUCGCCGGGCGUCUAUCGCGACCUCUUCGGGACCCUUCACGCCUUCGACCCCCUGGAUCUGCAGAUGCCGCUGGCCCUGGCCCUGCCCGCCAAGGUCCUGUCCUGCGCCCUCGGCUACAACCACCUGGGGCUGCUGGAUGAGUUCGGGCGCCUCUUCAUGCAGGGCAGCAACCGGUUCGGGCAGCUGGGCACCGGCGACAAGAUCGACCGCGGGGAGCCCACGCUGGUUCACGGCCUCAAGUGCCCCCUGGACGUCUGGUGCGGCCUGAACCACUCGCUGGCCCUGGUGCGCAGCCGGGAGCUGGGCCAGGCCGUGCUGGGCUGCGGCUGCGGGGCCGGGGGGCGGCUGCCCGGCUGGCCCAAGGGCAGCGCCAGCUUCGUCAAGCUGCAGGUCAAGGUCCCGCUCUGCGCCAGCAGCCUCUGCUCCACCCGCGAGUGCCUCUACCUGCUGUCCAGCCACGACAUCGAGGGGGGGCCGGCCUACCGCGAGCUGCCCCCCAGCCGGGCGCCCCCCCCGCCGGAGAGCCCGGGGACCCAGGCCUGCGAGCAGUACCUCAGCCAGCUGCAGGGCUGCCCCACGCUGGCCGGGCGGCUGGCCAAGGUGAGGGAGGCCGUGGGGGCCCUGCCCCUGCCCCCCUGCCAGAAGGACUUUCUGUGGGAGGCGCUGGAGCUCAUCCGGCGCUCGGCCCGGCCCCGCAGCCCCCCCGCCUGCAGCUAG